UAGAACACGACUGUGACAACCUUUCUCUUUCCACUGCAAUAAUGUCUUCAGGAAUCUCUAAAAUCACAACUGAGCGAAACCAGCGUACUUUGCUGGAGUUAGUAAUGCACUCAGGGAACGACAUUUGUGCAGAUUGUAAGUCGCGGAACCCGCGAUGGGCUUCUUACAGCCUGGGCAUUUUCAUAUGUGUCAACUGCGCGAGCAUCCAUCGCAAGCUUGGUACUCAUAUCACGAAAGUAAAGAGCAUUACCCUAGAUGCAUGGACAAAGGAACAAGUCGAAGUCAUGAAGCAAACCGGAAAUAUCAAAUCAAACGCCUUGUACAACCCUGACGAAGCCCGCCACCCCCCACCUACCAACAUGAUGGAGGCCGAACGAGAUAGCGAAAUCGAGAAGUUUAUCCGAGCCAAGUACGAGUUUAAGUGGUUCAUGAACUGUAAACCUUCCAAAUUCGUUUCCCCUACUCGUCCGUAUCCCAAUGCUGCGACUACACGGCCGAAGUCAACUCCUGCGACCGACCCUGUCUCAUUUAAACGCAAGUCCUCUCCUAUUCCUCCCCCAGUUCCUGCCAAAAAUGUCACCAGUGGGAGUACUGGAGUGUCUAAUUUUCUUCCUGGCGCAUUAUCUCCACGAUCUACACCUGUGCAACCCGCGAGAUCCAUAUCUCAUCCAUUGCCUACACUCACUUCCUCCGCGCCGACUCAGAAGCUAUCUGGGAGUGAAAUUUGGGGUGAUCUAAUUUCAUUACAAGGCCCUUCGCAAUCGUCUUCUCUUCCAUUACAGUACCAGUCGCAAAACCCCGAUUUCUUAUCGCUUUCUUCCCAGCCCCACUCUACGUCCCUUGCCCAGACAACUCUUGACGUCUCGCCCACUCUGUUCUCGACUUUCCAGACAUCCCACAUGAUGCCCUCGUCGAUGCCAUCGAUGAGGAAUACCACUUCAGUUACACCCAUACAUUCCGUAGCUGCUAGUGCGACCACGAUCGCAGGUCCACAGACUCCGUUCCAACAUCAAUUUUCGGGCUAUCCACCUUCUAACAAUCUCAACUCGUUUCCUCCACAGAUGAGUGCCGAGGUUUCAAGCGGGACACCAGCUAUGGCACCCCCUCCUCAGCAGAAUUAUCUCGCUCAAUCGUUCAGACAACCCUCUCAGCCGAUGCUUGGUCAUAUACAAGACUCUAGUUUCAUGUAUGCACAACCCCAAUCACAAGUAUUUCAACAACAGUACUCCCCACAGCCGCCGUUUCCUGCUACACCAGCAUUUGUAGCGCAGCAGCAGCCGUUUAUGAAUAACACAUCUUUUGGAGGGUGGCAGGGUAUGCAUGGCAAUUUUUAAUGAAUAGUUAAACAGGGGACUCUAGAUCUCGCUUGGAUUCAAACUCUUAAUAUCCCUACGCCCUUGCGAUAUAAAUAUGUUUAGUUGCACUUUCAUACUCAUUCAAAGCGUGGAUUCUUUCACUGGCACAUUUUGUAUUAGGUAUGUUUCCGAAACGUUCUGCAUGUAGCCCGAUUACAGUCCCGCAUGCCAUGUCAUAUACUGCAGUUCAUCAUUAGGCCCAACGACGGCGAUAUCUUCGCUGAAGCUUGAAACCGGUUUGGAUUCUUUAACCUGUAUGCUUAUUCCUAGUUUCCCUCCUUGAUCAUUGUUGCACUGAA